AUGCCGUUGGCUUGUCUUCGUUAUACAUUGGUCCUUAGGGAGCAUGUCGACGAACGCGGACUUGUUUCAGUCGAAGCUGUGGAACAUAUUCUUUGGGACAACUUUGAUAUCCGCUCGGCAGAUAUUCCUCUAGAACACUUAAGAUGUGCUCUGAAAAUCCUGACCUUGCUGGACAAAAGACAUUUACGGAUCUCAGAUCUUGUAGAUUUUAUAUGGGCACCUCUAGAGCCUUGCAGGAUGAAUAUCUUGGAAGCUUUCCGACGCAGUGCAAAUGCACCUACAGAUAUCUUAGCAACGGGGUCGAAGGAUCCAGAUUUAAGCCAGGGAGUUCCCCAUGAUGCGAGCUUUAUCGCGACGGUUUGCGACAUCACUGAAAAAGAAGGGUUGCACCUGUAA